AGCUGCGUGUCUGUGUGGUGAUUUCGGACAGACCGAGGCCCGGCGCUGCCGAGCUCCCGGCGCCUCCCCGGGCAGCGCCCGGCGGCCGCGGCCUGCGCUGCUCACGUGCCGGCCGCGGAGCAGCCAUUGGCUGCCGGGCCCGGGCCGCUCUGUGCCGCCCCUCGCCAUUGGCCGCGGCGCGGGUCCCGCCGUAAGCGCGGUGGCCAUUGGCGGCGGCGGCAUGGCGGGCACGGGCGGCUCCUGGCGGCCGCCGCGCUCGUGCGAGGACUACUGGGGGGAGUGGAAGCAUUGCCGCGGGCUGCGCCACGCCUUCCACCACUACUACGCGCACGGGGAGCUGCCGGAGUGCGGCCGCUGGCGGGAGGACUACGAGGCCUGCCGCGCCUGGGAGAGGGACCGCAGCGCCGCCGCGCAGGAAGCUUUGUGCAAGAGUGAAAGAGCUCGAGUUAUGGAAAAACAGAAAUAUGCUCCAGUGUGGAACCUCAGGAAGAGCCCACCACGUGACUGGUAUCUACCACUUGACCACGACAAAUCAAAUUAACAACACUGUUUUCUGUGUUUGGUCAAUAACAUAAUACACAAUUCAGAAUUAUGCCUUUUUUUUUCCCCUUCCACAUCAUCUUGAAGUUAUUCAACUGUAGCUCUGCCCUACAGUACUUUAGCACUCACUCAAAAAUUCUGAAAUGUUAUUUAAAUAAUGAAUACUUUUAAAGGGAAAUUUAAGGUGCUUAAUUUGUUGUGGUCUUUUACUGUUGACUUACAUUUCAGGAUUUCAUUUCAGCAGGCACCUUCCAAAUUAAUGCAUGCAUGCUCUAGCUCUGAGGGCCUCUUGCUCUAGCAGCUGGCAUUGAGCACUUCUGGACAAGGUACCCACCCCAGACCUGCCAAAUGGGGAAAAAGAACCAGGCUGGGACUCUUCCUUUCUGGCUCAGGACAAUCCCAAACACUGGCAUUUAAGACAUUUCCCAGAACCAGGGUUGUGGUGCUUGAAGAGCUUCUCACCUGUGGGCUGCACACCCUGGAACUGCCCCUUAGUGGAACUGCUCUCGACUGGUGGUGUGUGUUGUGGCAGUAUUCAACACAACUGAAAAAUAAAGGUUUAAACUAA